AUGUCUGCAGACGAGGCUGUCAUUUCAACAAACGACGAUGCUGCAUCUUGUAAACGAUUUGGAGUGGACAAGGGAUACUGGAACGAUCCAUAUAUUGGAUUCUUUGUUCAGAAAUCGUCGGCGAGAAAAGCUCCAGAAAUUAGUCGCGGCUACUAUGCAAGAGUCAAGUCGAUUGAGACGUUGGUGAAGAAUUUUUUAACGUUGACAGAGUGCAAAUGCCAGGUUGUGAGUCUAGGGGCAGGGUUUGAUACUCUAUUCUGGAGGCUCAACGACGAAGGCCUGGUGCCUCAGAGCUAUGUGGAAAUUGACUUUGAGCCAGUGACAGCAAAGAAAUGCCAUUUUAUCAAAUCCAAGAAGCAGCUGUUAGAGCCUUUAUCUGGGGAAGACAGUGAGAUCAUGAUGAGCAAAUCAGAGCUUCAUUCAGCAAAUUACCACCUCGUCUCGGCAGAUCUAAGAAAUUUAGCAACCCUGGAAACGAAGCUUUCGGCCUCAGGGAUAGACCGGGCCCUGCCAACAGUGUUUAUAUCGGAAUGUGUUCUAGUGUACAUUGAAGUUGAGGCAACAGACAAGUUGAUUAAAUGGAUUGCUGACAGUUUUCCUACUGCCUUGUUUAUUAAUUAUGAACAGGUGAAUAUGACAGAUGCUUUUGGCCAGGUAAUGAUUCAGAACUUGAAAGCAAGAGACUGUGUUCUUAGUGGGGCUGUAGCUUGUGCCAGUCUGGAGACACAAAUGAACAGAUUUCUAAACAAUGGCUGGACAGGUGGAGAUGCCUUGGAUCUGUGUACUGUGUAUAAAUGUCUACCUCAAGCAGAUGUCCAAAGAAUGGAACGGCUGGAGUUGCUGGAUGAGCGAGAACUUCUCGACCAGUUGUUGUCCCAUUACUGUCUGGUGUGGGCAUACAAGGAUACCAAGAAUGUUGGCCUUCACAAUAUCAGUCUGUCAUGA